AUGACAACCAUAUCACCAACCACAAAUCAAGACCAACACCCACACCUCCUAUCCCCAACAGAAGCAUUAAUUCACUACUGCAACUACGUCUUAACUGAAGAAUUAGAAGAACUUCAAAAAAUAGAAUACAAUAAUAAAGGUCGUAAAUAUAAAUUUAUAAAUAAUCAAUUUCAAAGAAUAAGACAAGAAGAUAAACAUUUAAUAAUAUAUCCAGAACAACCUCAAUUAAAAAUAUCAUUUUAUUCAGCUUUUAGCAUCCUAUAUCAAAUUAAUGAUCUACUAAUUCAAAAUCCAGAAUUUUGUUGUACAAUACUUUCAAUAGCUUUAGACUUAGAAAAAAAUCAAUGGUUUGAAGAACAAAAUUCUUCUAUUAUACAUUUCAAAAAUUGUAAAAUUGAUCCAAGAACAUUAAAAGAUGAAGCAGAUACAUAUAUUUUAAAACAUCCAAUUACUGAAAAACAUAAAAAAUGGGGCAUUAAUUUAUUAAUUUGUUCAAAAUUGAAUUUCUUACAUACAGAUCAUCAUAUAGGUACAAAAUUAGAAGGAGAAAUGAUGAUUCAUCACCUAACUGAAUAUUUUGGAGAUGACUCUUUAUCAUCAAUAGAUAUUUUAAUUGCAUUAAAAAGUUCAGUACAUUGGGCUAACAUUCGUGGAAUAUUAUACAAAUUAAAUAUUCCAAAUAUAAAAACAACACCACAAUUAGUUACUAAUUUUGCUAAUUUUCCUGCACCUAGCCUAAAAUUACAACAAAAUAUUUACUCAAAAUAUCCCAGUGGGACUUCUAAAUAUUCACUUUUGAAAAAAUCAUUUUUAAAAUUGCAAAAUUUCAAAUACUCCAAACUUAUCGAGUUAUCAUCCGAAUUUAUUCACCCAAUAACUUGGUUAUUCCAAUUAUGUACAGAUAUAGAAACAGAUCCAAUAAAGUACCACCUCAGAUCUAAAACUAAACAAUUAUGUGAAUCACCAAUUAAUUUAAUGGAUUUAUCAGUAACAAACAAAGAAAACAUAGAUGUGUUAUUCAAUUUAAUUUCAAUAAUAGUCAACGUAUUCGCUAACCAGGGAGAUGAAGAUGAACUAGAUCAACUAAUUUUAAAUUCCAAGAUUCCUAAAUUUGAAGAAUCUUCAAAAAAUUUCCCUACAUUAACUACUUCAUUAACUUCACUCAAGAACAAAAUUGAAUACUAUCAAUUAAAAAAUUGGAAUACUGAUGAUAUUAUAUCUAGAUUAAUCGACGAAGUGAACACAGAGAAUAGCAUAUACUCAAUUUUAACCAAUCUACAAGCUUAG